GCGGGUGGCGGCGGUGACGGGGGCGGUGCGAGGCUCCCCUCAGCGCCUCGGCCCGGCGGUUGCGAGGGUCCCCGCUGGGGCGGGGCGGGGGGUCUGGCAUCAUUAGGGGCCCGGUGGGUUUGGGGCUUCCCGUAGCGGCAGGGCUGUUGCCCCGGCAGCCCUCGGGUCCCCACAGCCGCAGCCCUGACAUCUGGUUAGGGGCAGAAGGCCUGGCAUCUCAGGAGCUGAUCCUCCCCCUGUGUGGGGCUGGGGGCCUCGGUUAGAAACCCCGCUGUUGUAGGGGAGGAUUGAGGGCCUUGACGUUUGUUUUGCCACAGCAGGGCCAGCAGAGAGACCCACGUAGGUAUUGUGGUGGGUCUGAGCCCCUGCAGCAGAUGAGGGUGGGGAAGGGCUGCUGCUGUAGGCACAGGUUGGGUCUCCUGUGUUGUGAGGGUGUGUGGGUGUAGGUCAGGACCCUCUCCUCUAUUCUUUUUUAUGCAGGGAUCCCUGUGGCUAUAGACACAGCCAGCAGGUGGGUAGCUUAGAGAUUCCCCUCAGGAUCAAGAGAUCUCAAUUCAGGGCUCUGAGAUCACUGGAAGUUUCAGAUCGGCACAGCUUUAUUUCAAACACCCCAUAGGCAAAGUGUAGGACGGGGCUGCCUGCAGGUUCUUGUGGCACACAGCCAGGCCACAAACCGUGUGGGACUGCGGGAUCCUCCAGGAGUCCUUCGCACGUGGCGCUCUGCUUGCAGCUGGGGACGAGGGACGAGCACUUCAGCCUGCUGCUGGAAGCAGUGCCCACCAGGGGCAAACCCGUGACAGCACGUGACGAGAGAACGCUGCAGUGAUCAGAAUUAGCCAGGAUGGGGAACAUCACCUGCCUUUUCCUGGUCACAGGCCCCAACACGUGCCUCCUUCACAGACUGAUGUGCAGAAGGGGCAGGUGGAAUUGGCCAGCAGAUAGUUCAUUUUCAUGGCACAGUUGUGGCUCUUCUAUGCCUGGAACUGAUAAUAACCAUGUCAGCUCAGGAGGACAGAUGGGUUUCUUCCUUCUCUUUCCUGCUCUUCUGUGCUGUCUCCAUUCCAAUGCUGGGAAGUGCAAGUCUGCUACAGGAGUUGAGCCCCCACGAGUAUUUCAGUGGCUUGCAAGCUAGCAAGGCUUCCCUGGCUUACUUCAGCCAUACUGUUUCUCCUGGUGCCCAGCCCUUCUUGGAACAGAUUGAAAACUCGGUUGAGGCUCUGCACGACUAUGGCAUUUCAGUGGUGAAGGUCAAGUGUCCCAAAGAGGAUGUCUCAAGAUACUGUGGAAAAGAGAAUGCAUUAAGGAAAGCCUACCUUUUCAGAGGUAACGUUCUGAUCAGAGAAUUCCCUACUGAUGCCUUGUUUGAUGUGAACUCCAUUGUUGCUAAUGUUCUUUUUGCCCUGCUAUUUAAUGAAGUUAAGUAUGUUGAAACACUGAUGGAUCUUCAGAACAUAGAAAAUGCACUGAAGGGGAAAUCAAACAUGGUCUUCGCAUAUGUACCAGCUACUGGAACAGCAGAGCACAGAGCUGUGAUGGAGGUGGCUUUUGUCUAUGGAACUGUCCACCAGUUUGUUCUAACAACUGAGGCAACACUGCUGAAAGACACUGGCAGCAAGGAGCCUGAUGUAUCAUCUGCCCAGCUGUUGUUCUGCCAUUGCCAGCAGGCCACAGACCUGGCACAGCCCUGCAGGAGGACACCCUUGGAGCAGGAUCUGACAGUGCUAAACAUCCACAGACACCUCAAACUCAUGGGAGCUCCUCUUGUGACUGAAGUUGCUGAAGACCCAGAGAAAGUUUCCACUGUUCACUUACAGCUUGGGCUACCACUUGUGUUUAUCCUCAGCCAGAAAGAAACUUAUGAGGCAGACAGGAGAACAGCAGAAUUUUUGGCCUGGAAACUUCUGGGGAAAGCAGGAGUUGCCAUUUUGUCCAGGGACCGUGUGGAUUUGAACAUUCUGCGGCAGACAAAUGUUGCUCUCAAAACACCAGAUGAGGGAGUGCCAAUCAAAUACCUGGUCUUGGAAGAUACUGAGGAAGUUAUAACUCUGCUGGAAGAUAAAAGCAAGGUUAAACAAAUCCAGGAGAAUGAGGAUGAAGAUGAGGAAGAUGAGGAUGAAAAAGAGAAUGACAAUCAAGACAUGCAGGAUGAUCAGGUGGUGGAAGCAGUUUCCAGGGACAAGAAGCGAGAGCUGCCCCUGGAUCAGAUCCUUACCCUGACAGAAGAGACCUUUCACUCUGCCAUGUUGGAAGCUGCCCAGACAGUGGUGCUGUUUUAUGCCAGCUGGGAGGCAGUGUCCCUGGCAGUGCUACAGUCUUACACAGAGGUGGCUGAUCACCUGAAAGGAACUCAAGGGAUUUUGCUCUCUCGAGUAAACUGCUGGGACUGGCCUGGUGUUUGCACAAUGGAGAAUGUCACUCAGUUUCCUACCAUAAAGAUUUACAAGAAGGGAGAACAACCAAUAACGUACAAUGGCAUGUUGGGAACUGAAGAACUGACCAGUUUCAUCGUGUUGAGCCAAGUUUCCUGCCCUCUGAAGCUGGCAACGAUUGAUGAAGCAGAACGGUAUUUAAGAGGAGAGCUUCCAUCUGAGCUGUCAUCCUAUCACCACUCUUUGGUUCUAGGAGUAUUCAGCACAGCAACAAGUAAAGUCAGGGAAGCCUUCGCAGAGGCAGGAAGCAUCUUAAGUGGACAUGUAACAACAGGGAUGUAUUUCGAAGAUGAUGUCUUGGCUUUGUCCCAUAAAUAUGCAGUGUCUCCUCCUGCCCUCCUCCUUGCCAGGAGCAGCAGUCAGAGCGUGGAAGGCAUCGCUUUGUCCAAGCAGACUGCACAGGACAUCGUGCAGAUGAUCAGAUAUGAACUGCUGGACCUUUUUCCAGAAAUCACCGUGCAAAAUCUGCCCCACUACUUGCAACUCAGAAAGCCUUUCCUCAUCUUGUUUAGCGAUGGUGACAUUGGUCAAACAGAAAGCAAGGAAAUGCUGAAACUGGCAAAAGAGAAAUCUCAGCAAACAUUUGUGUCAUGCUGGCUGAACUUGAAGAACACUCCAGUGGGCCGUGGGGUCCUGAAGGCGUACUUUGCCACCAUACCUUCAUUGCCUGCUCUUGUCUGGGUGAACCUUCAUGCUGGAGGUCAAGUAUUUAAGUUCCCAUCAGAGCAGUCUAUCACUGAAAUGAACGUCUUGUCUUGGCUGGAGAAACUGAAGGCAGGACUGGAGAUUCCCAGCAGUACCCUGUCUGAGGAAGACUGGAAACCACCUCUUCCUGCUUACAAUUUCCUCCAGAUGAUGGAGGCCGCAGGGCCCGAAUUCACCCUCCAUACCUCCUCUCACCAAAAGGAUGGACAGGAGCAGCAGCAGCUGGAAGGCUCUGAAGAAAAAGCCACAGUCAGAGAGGAACUGAGUGAGGAAGUCGGGGUGACAGCAGAGAAAGCCCAGGGCCCUGGGAGGGACCUGCGGGGGACAGCCCCGAGGUUGGCAGGGAGGGAAAAGCAGGCCAGGAGGCACAGUGAGCUGUGAGAGUGGGAGGCUGUGGGACAGUGCCCAGAACGCUCUCUUGCUUUCUCAGCCCUCAGUGAGCCUUUGCAGCAGAGAGAGAAGUGAGUUCAACUGUAAAUUAACAGAAAUGGCCCUUAAGUUUCAGUCUAAGUUCUGUGUUGCAGUGUGUUGGUAGUUCUGUGGUACCUGUGAUUUCUGAUAGCAGAAACACAUCCAUAUGACAUGUAGCUUGGCCCUCCUGGGUGCAUCCAUGUUGCAUUUCACAGUAAGUUGUGAGAGCAGGUCUUCAUGAAGGUUGCUGCUGAGUUCUGCCUGCCUGUUCAUUAAUGGAGAGGCAGAGUGAGCUCACUUGGCGUGCUGAGGGCUUGCCCACACAGAAAUUAUCCCAGAAAAGUUGAAACACUGCAGCUUUUCUUCACAGCUUCUGUAUAUCUGAGCAGGAAGAGAGUGAGUGAUUCCAGGAUAAAGAACAUUCAUCUUCCCUUCGUUUCAGCAGAGGCUCUACAGACCUGUAUUGGCAAGCUCUGCUCUCCAUAAACAGUUAAAUCUGCACGGUAACUGUGCAGAGCUGGAAGGGCAAACAUACCUCUGGCUGGAAGGCUGAAGUGUUUAAACUGACAUGCGAUUGUUUACACCUGAGUGGUGAACUGAAUCCAUGAGUGUUCUCAUUCCCAGGAGUAACAGCAUAUCUGGCUAAAGCAGCUUUAUUAUGAAGAGCCCAGGUCAUCACAACAGCUGCGAGUACCCAAAAUAAAAAUUUGCCAGCAAAGCCCAAAGGCGGGCAGAUUGGAAGAUGGCUUUGCUCAAUGCUGGCAUUUUCUUGGUUGUGAGCCCAGGGGGUUAUUUACAGCUUCUGCUAUUUUUCUUUGGUCUCGGUAACAGCAGUGAGGUUGGUGCCUUCUGAGCCAAGGAUGGUGCAGGAAAUGAGGUCUGCGGAAAGACCAGUGCAGAGAUAAGGGGAGAGAAGUGAGAGGCAAGGCUGGCAGUGCUGGGGACAGGUGGUGCCAGUGUGGGACAGAGCUGUUUCACAUCCUUCUGGUGAUGAGUGGGAGAUUUGGGGCGUGGGGAAGUGGCACUUCAGCCUCUGCUCCUUUCCUUGGGACUCUCUGAUUCUGUGCUGCAAGAUAGCAUGGGAUAUGACCUGGGCAGAGCAAUGUUUUAGGAAGAAAGCUUUGUCUAAUUCCACUAAUGGCCACAACAGUCUUCCCACUGCCUUUAGUAAACAUCUGCUCUGUUCCACAGCCCUGCUGAGAUGUGAGGGGAGGGUCAGAUCCUCCCCCUCCUUAUGGCUCUGAAGCUACUGGUGAGGGGAAAAAAUGAUGUUAAGGAUCUGCUGAGAGCCCUGUGAAGUCUCUCUCGUCCUGCAGGCAGCCCACAUAGAUGGGAAUAUUUUGAAAUGCCAAGGAAUAGACCAUUAGUCCUGUGCCCUCCAUGCAGCCCGUAAUUGAAACAGACCAUUUUUGGACUCUGACAGGCUCAGAGCCAGAAUGUAUGUAUUUAAAGUAAUAAACUGUAGUAUGCAGUACACAGUCUUCCAUGCAACUGCAUUUUCCCAAGAAAAGGAGUAGGUCAGUGUGCAAGCACAGCCUCUUUGAGUUCCCAUCAUUCCUCUGCAACUCGAAGUUGUAACACUGUGCUCCAUGACCUGUACACGGGUCAUUUCCAGCACUAUCCCAGCACUGGUGGCUGCUUUACCUCUUACUGUAUCACUCUUCAGGCAGACAAAGUGCAAUGUUUGGGUUUUUCACUCAUUUCUUAAAUAAACUCUUAUCUCAAGUUCAACUUGAGAUCUGCAUUUGUGUCCUGGACCAGCGUGUCUAGGAUGGAAGCAGGCUUCCAGGAAGGCUCCUUAGCUGCUGAGUGCAGUUGCAGGAGGAUCACUGACUUAGCAGAUUUUGUGCAAUACCAGGAGCCUUCCCGGAUCCCCGCUGCUUUUGGCUGCGUGUCAUUUUUUAUCACAGAUCUUCUUCGCUCAGCAUCCAAGUAGGAACCUGUCACUAGGGGUCAGUGCCACAUCUCAGUUCUGCCUGGAAGAAUUGCUGCCUCUCGUUAUGCUGCUUAAUUGAUCCUGGAGAACUGCCAUCAAAGCAAUGGGGGUCCAGGAAACUGAUACCCUGUGGGGGUGCUGAUGGCUGAGGGCCUGUUUGCUGCUGGGGGGGCAGUGGCUGCAGAAAGCCUAAGGGCUGGGGGGCUCACAGCUCUAGGGGUUUCAGCAUCCAUAUCACCAGUGGGUCCCCCAGCCCUGAGCCUCCCAGCAGGGAGGUGCCAGGAGCACUGAGCUCAGCCAGCAGCUCUCUGCAGCCACUGCUGUAGGCACCAGGGAGGAGACAUGCUUGGCCACAUCUCAUGGCCAUUAGCUGUGUUAGGUGGGGCUGCUGGCCCUGAGCACAGGUGUGGGUCAGGGUCCUGGGCUGCAUCAGGUCGCAUGGGUUUGGUGCUGGUUUGGCUGUUUCUUUAAGCACAAAAUAUCUUUGUUGUUGUGUAGCUCAAGCGGGCACUUAUGGCAUGGAGGAAUCUUUACAGGCAUGCAGGUACCAGGAUAUGUGCAUAUAGAGAGAAAAUGUUCUGCAUAUUGAGAGCAGUUUGUUGUCUGCAUCUUACAGCCUUCUCAUUCACUGGCAGCAGCAGUCCUGCAUUGUGUUCGUUUUAGUAGCUGUGGCUCUGGGAAGACCAACAUGGAAAGAAAUAAUAAAUGCUUAUGGCCCCAAGUGAAAAGAGAGCUGAGGAAGAAGAGCUCUGCAUCCCAGGGCAGCUGAGAGGUGUCUGAGGUGUCUUUGAUUGAACAGAAGAUAAAAUAAGGAUACAAAACGAGGAUUACGUGGCUGUGUUUGAGUGCAAAACAGUUUAACUCAGUGCCCAGCACUGUACGGAGUGCUCCAGGAGCUGUGGUCUGACUGAGCAGCCAUCCUCAUCAGCAGGGAAGGAGAGGAGUGCUCACUGCAGGGACUAAGGGAGCAUUUAGGAUGAGCAUUGUGCUUUUCACGUUUAAUGAGCUUUUAGAACUGUUAUGGAGUGUUCCUGGUCUGUGGCUCAGCUGGUGGGCAGCAGACUGAUCCCCUUGGAAGCCAGCCCUGGGGGCUUGGCUGCGUGACCAUGGUCCCCACAGGACAUCAGAAAGCAGUCACGUCUCUUCUUGCAGCUUUGUGACCCUCUGGGUGAACCACAGCUUUUCUCAGGUGGGAUCGAAGGUACACAUGCCAAAUCUGCUGUUCUCAACCAUCUCUGCCUCAGUGUCCCAGACCACCAAUGGCCACAGACCUUACUGUGGCUGUGCAAUGGGAAUACAGCUGUAGGAUGGCUAAAGAUGUGGCUGCAACAGGAGGAAGCAUGCAGGAGCAGAUGUCAUGGGAAGGACACAUGUGCCUGUGUGUGGGCAGCUGCCAGCGCUGCCAGGAUGUGAACCAAGACAAGAGCUGGUGGCCUGGCUUGUGUCACUUGUGCUCAUCAGUUCCUGGUGCCACAGGGAUGGAGCGUCUGGCGGGGCUGGGGGAAGGAGGAGGAGGAUGGCAGCCUUCCUGGAGCUGUGGCUGGGAAAGAGCUAUCAGCUGAGGCUCUCUUGAACAGCCCUGGUGGUGAGGGGCACAAGGCAGGUGGGCCUCAGCCCUCAUUCAGAAACAUCCAAUUUUAAAAGGGUGACACAAAGCAUCAGGCUGCAAUCCCAGGGCUCGGAGCAGAUGGGAGAAGGGAAGGAGCUGGUGUGGUGUUGGCAUGGCCAGAGGUGGCAGAGGAGCUGUGCUGACGCACGUCUGGGACAGGGAGGGUGCAGGAUGGAGCUGGGAUGUGAGAUAACGAGUGGCCGUGGGGCGGGCCGGGUUUCCUUAUUGCUGAGGAUGUGUGCCUGAUGCUUCCAUUGAUGAAAAUACAGCUGUGCUCCCGAUCGUGGCCAGGGGAGAGAUGGGAACUGUGGUUCACUACAGGGCAGCUGCCACAGAUGGCUUCAUGUGUGUCCUGCUCAGCCAGACGGGCUGGAUCCCUCCUCCUUCCUCCCCAAACACCUUCUUGCUCUAUUUUCCCUUCCCAACAAACAGAUGUCACAUCCCAGCAUCUCCUCCUGGGGUUACAUCCAUAGCCCUGAGGUGUCUCGCUCCGUCCCCAGGCUGAGUGAUGCGGGUGUCCAUAUAGGAAACUUGCCCAGCCUGAGAAGCCAGAAGAAGAGGAGCUCAAGUUGGAAAAGCAGGAAUCAGAAUGGGCCAACCAAGGCAGAAGUGGGGACGGAGCGCAGGUGGCGAGUCCUGCAGUGCCACGUGGCUGCUCAUUGUUCAUUGUUCCCUCCUGGCUGAGCGGAGCCAGCGCUGGGACAGGACACGAUAAGGGAGGAGAGGGCACUGCUCUGGUUCCUGCUCCCCGACAGCUUGUUUCCUCACUCACCUGACCUCUCCUUAGGUAAACUCAGUGCUUUGCCUCUUACAGUUUGCUUUGCUCUCAACACAACGCGGGGCUCUCAGAAAACAGCCCGGCUCUAUUAAUAGCCCACAGGGUUGCCAAAUCCCUUCUGUAUGUUGAAAGAACGGCCGUAACACCAUGAUUCAGUCCUCAGUGGUAAGAAAGGAGCUGUGCUGGAAGGGUCCUGGCCUGGAGGGCCAUGUCCAACAUGGAGUAGAGGUGGGGACGGCCCUUUGUUCCAUUGGCCAUGGAUUUCUUGGCUUGCUUGCAACACAAAUAAUUGUAUCGCUAAACUCGGUCUUGUUCCUUGCUGCUGGCAGAAGCCCAAACUACAGAGCUGGACUUGAUGGACUUGUGCUGCAUAUGCACCUGGAAUGGAGGAAAAACAGGACCACCUCAGAGAGGGCAAAGCCAUGGACAAGUCGCUGCAGUUCCUUGCACUCAGGGCAGUGGUCACUUGAGAUGAGUUUGGGGUGGGCAAGCAGGCUGCUGAUGGCUGCUGAACAUCUCCAUCUCCAUGCUGAGUGUCUCCAUCCCAACACUGAACAUCUCCAUCCCAAUGCUGAACAUCUCCAUUCCAAUGCUGAUUAUCUCCAUCUCUCUGUCUCACUGCUGAACAUCUCCAUCCCAAUGUUGAUCGUCUUCAUCCCACAGUUGAACAUCUCCAUCCCAAUGCUGAAUGUCUCCAUCCUAACAGUGAACAUCUCGAAUUCAAGACUGAACAUCUCCAUCCCAAUGCUGAACAUCUCCAUUCCAACACUGAUUAUCUCCAUCUCUCUGUCUCACUGCUGAACAUCUCCAUCCCAGUGCUGAACAUCUCUAUCCCAAAGCUGAAUAUCUCCAUCUCCAUUUUCUGAAACAUACCCUGUGAGAGUCUUAGACCCUCAGGAAGGAUGAGGACCUCGCAGUGACACCCAGCAACAAUGGAGACUCCCCCCAAAAUGUUCCCUGUUAGAAACACAUGCCCAGUACCAAGCCCUGGGGUAAAGCCAAGGCUGUGAAGCUCCCUGUUUUCCUUCCCACUCCUGUCAAAGCUCUGCCCUCCAUCAGCCAAACAAUCCUGCUCUGUCCCCAUGCCCUCUGGCUCCAGCUAGGCUCUAGCAAAUCUGAGCAGGGGGACAACACAGUUCAACAGAGUGUAGAACAGUGCUUGGAGCAUGGCAGUGCAGAGGCGGUGCCCAAAGCAAACACAGUCCUGCGAAAAAAUCCUUCCCAGCUUAGUGCACCCUUCUAAAAACACAGAGUGACUUCAGAAAAAUGUGAGAAAACAUGAGCUGCUCACCCCGAGAAGGAAAAUAGCAUGGGAGCCAUAGGAUGGAGCCUGCUGGCUGCAGCCAUGUCCCUGUUGCAGAGGAUCCUGAGGCCAUCGCGAUGCCUGGGAAGGGCUGAGCUCCCUGAAAGAGCAGUUGGAUGAUGGAUGUGGAGUUGAAAACCUCUUACAGAAGGGAUGUGCCACAGCAGCCCGCUUCAGCUCCCUCUCCAAGAGAGAUUAUUAAUUAUAAACAUUGCAAAUCUUCGUGA